GCAGUAACUAACUAAGGUCAUGUUGCUUGGUCCAAGUCUCAACGCCCCCCCUUCCUUCCUCCUCGAUCGCUCGCUCCCCGGAAAAUUGAAAUGCUAGUAGGAAGGAAAGAGAAUGAAGACGAAGAAACUGAAGACGAGCGGCGGACAGCAGAGGCGGCGACAACCAAGACGAAGACGAAGAAGAAGAAGGGCGACGGUGAUGAGGCAGCAGCGCUAGCGGUAGUGUACGUGGUGGUGCUGAGGAUGGAGCUGCACUGCGACGGGUGCGCCCUCAAGGUGAGGAAAGCCAUCAAGGGUGCGCAUGGCGCGGAGAGUGUGAGGACGGACGUGGCGGCGGGCACAGUGACGGUGGCCGGCAACGGCAAGGCCGACCCUUGGGACCUCAGGGAUCGCAUCCAGGCCAGGAUGCCCGCCGUCGAUAUCGCUUUCGUCUCCCCGGCCAAUCCCCCUCCACCUCCACCCAAGGACAAGGACGCCGACGCCGCAACCGCAAAGAAGAACAACAAGGGCAAAGGCCGCCAUGACAAACAGACGAUGCCGCCGCCGCCGCCGGAAUCGACGGUGGUGCUCAACAUCCAGCUCCACUGCAAAGGCUGCAUUGACCGCAUCAAACGCAAAGCCAACAAGAUCAAAGGGGUGAAGCAGGUGAGUGUAGACACGAUCAAGGAGCAGGUGACCGUGAAGGGCACCAUGGACGCCAAGGCUCUCCCCGACGUCCUCAGCGCCAAGCUCAAGCGGCGGGUCACCGCCGUGGUGGUGACCAACAAGAACAAGGACAAGAAGGCCGCCGCCGGCCCCGGCGAUAACCAUGACGACAACAGGGAGCAGGGAGAGGAGGAGGAGGCCGGCGGCACCAACACUACUGCUGGUGGCGCCAACAAGAAGAAGAACAAGAACUGCAAGAAGCAGCAGCAGCGAGGAAACGCCGCAGCUGUACCCGGCGAUGACCACGACGACGAGAUGGCUUCUUUUUGGAUGUCGGAGGAGCAGCAGUACCCGAUGACGAUAUUCCCGGCGUCGUACGGAAGAGGAGGAUCAGUAGGGCCGUCGUACCGCGUCGAGUUGCUGCAGGGGCCGCAGCCGUUCAGCGAUGACAACCCCAAUGCAUGCUCCCUCAUGUGAAGUAGAUCAGUAGAGACAAGAAGGUGCAGUUGCUCAAGACAAAUUCAGUAGCACAUACUGGAGCAGAACUAAUUAUUAUUCACAAAAGAAAUGCAGCAAUGCAAAACAAAUUCAGAAUCAAGACUUGUAUUCCAUCCGUUGUCAAAUAAUGAUAUUGUUUCGUUCCUAAAAUAAAGAGUAGAAAACCACACCCCAUGAUAUUGAUACCUACAUUACGUA